UAUUAUUUUGUAAUUUCACUGACCGUACUAUAAUUACUAUUCAAUUAUUUAUUUAUAAUUUAUAUUGUACAUUUGUUUUGUACCAAAAAACAUUACUUAGUACUUCAUGUAUUUAAUCAUUGGUUUCAUGUUAAUUUAAAAUUAACAGUUGUUACUUGCCAGUGUAAACUAUUGGUGUAUGCAAUCAUAUUGAGCGCAGACAGUGCAGAGUAUACAUAACGAAUAACCAAAUUGAAUUAAUUCAAAUUUAGUUUUUGUUAAUAUAUUAAUAGAGAAAUGUCUGCGGAAGAUGUGCUAUUCGAUAUGUUACACUCAGAAAUUGUGUCAUAUUUAGUGUCCAAAUCCGCGGAGGAUGAAGAUAUAUCAAUAUUAGAACACUUGGGUUAUUCUUGUGGUUGGCGCCUGAUUGAAAGAAUAACAAAAGAAUUGCCGAGGUACAAAGAAGAGCUAGAAGUUUUAAAAUUUAUAUGUACAGAUUUUUGGUCUUGCGUUUAUAAAAAGCAAGUGGAUAAUUUACGAACCAAUCAUCAAGGUGUCUAUGUGUUGCAUGAUAACGAGUUUCGAUUUUUCAGCAAAUUGUCAAAUAGUACACAGUACCUUAAAUCUGCACCCAAAUAUGCUACUUUUACAUGUGGUCUGAUUCGAGGAGCUCUAGAAAAUUUUGGAAUUUCAAGCAUUGUAACAGUUGAAAUAAUUAGAAUGCCAUCAUGUAAAUUCCACAUACAAGUACUUCCAUCUUCAUCUUAAUAAUUAUUAUAUUCUGUAUAAUAUGCACACAGAUAAUUAAUGAUUAAAUUGAAUUAUCAAUUUUAUAAAA